AUGCCGUUUAAUUGUACUGAAUUUGUUCAGAAGCCAGCACUGAUAGGAGAUGAAUGGCAUCCUGGUAAAACAUGGAGUUCAAAUAACAACACCCUUGGCGACUGGGACAAAUGUUGUGAAACAGCAGCAAAAGUACCACAGCAUUUAACAGGCAGUUUUGACACAUCUUCAUUAAAAAUGCUCACAGCAAAACAACCAGAUGAGAAAAUUACUCCAGAUGCAGGAUAUGUGAGCCCUAAUGAGGAUGACCGGAAAUCGAGUGAGCACACAAAUUCAUACGAUGUAUCAGCUUCACAGUCCCCGAGCAAUGAUGGUGCUCAAUCAGAUAGCAGUACAGAUGAACAUAUCGAUGUAGAAUGUAUGACACAAACAGAGGAAAUGGACACGGAUGAUAAAGAUGAUACAAUUCUCCCUGAUGCCGAGCCAGAAGUGAAAACAGAGGUGAAAGAAGAAGUUGCUGAAACGGUGGAAGUUGCUGAAAAUGUAGAAGUUAUGGAAGAAGAAAGGAAGCCUACAUUCACAAAUGGAUCACUUCUAACCCCAAUGAUGCAGUCUUUUCUACAAACUUCUCUACCUGCUCCUAUAGCUAUAGCACCAAUCCUAUCCUAUGGACAAACUAUAAAAGCACCAACAUCAGAAGAAACCAAACUUCUACUAGGUUUUGCGCAGUCUGAUUUCCACAAUAUUAUGUCAGAAGCAAUAAAACCAAAGAAACCACUCUCGGAUUCUUUUGGAUUCAUUAGGAGUGGAAGUUCAGCAUUCUCCAACAUUGAGCGCAAGGAGCUUCUGAUAAAAUCACCACCUGCGAAUAACAACAAUAACAAUGAUGAAGCACCUGUCCCAACUAUCAGCAACAGUACGACACCUACAACAACGUCUGCUUCAUUCUGCAGGCCGCCGGGUCUUGGACCAGUUGCCCUUCCACCAACACAAAAUGGACAGACGCCGAUGCUUGUAUGCCCAAUUUGUGGAUUUAUGUGCCCAUCGAAAUUCCAUUUCAACAGUCACAUGAACACACAUGGAGAUCAUCAAUGCAGUAUGUGUGAUUACACUAGCAGAACAGAGGGAAGGCUGAAAAAGCAUAUGAGGGAAUCACACACAGCCGAGGAACAGAUGAAAGCUGGAUUGGAACUGGAACCAGCAAAGGAAUCGAAUGGUACUCAAUCAACAUCUCCAAAGGGUUCCACAUCUUCAAAAGAUAGUACUGCUACUAGUCCGAUGAAUGAGUCAUUCAAUCUAUCAACCACCUUGGCAUCCAUUCUUGAUUCAACAAACACUGCAAUUGCUGCUUGCUCUACAACAGAACAACCGUCCGCUCUUGCAGCGCUCACCUUGGAUAUGUCUGCUACAACACCGAAUCUUUUGUCAUCUCUUGGACAAUCCAACUUCCCAGCAUCUGCUCUGGAUCACAUUAAAGCCAUCUCUGAAAAUCCAAAUUUCAUGCCAGACAAUGGAAUGAAUUUGGCUUCAGCACUGGGUGUUGUGUCUCAAGUGAUUAAAGGCGAGCCAGCAUCACCAGAAAAGCAAUCGAGUGGAGAGAGCAGGAGGAGUAGCAGUGGAAAGAUCAAGAUUUUCAAAUGCAAGCAAUGUGGACAUCAAAGUCUUUCUAAGGAUGACCAAUGGGCACAUGCGAGAUCUCAUAUUCCAGCAGAGAAACAAUUGAACUGUCAACACUGCAACUUUGUAACAGAAUAUAAGCAUCACUUGGAGUACCAUUACCGUAAUCACAUCGGUAGCAAACCAUUCCAGUGCAAGAAGUGUUCAUACAACUGCGUCAACAAGUCAAUGCUCAACUCUCACAUGAAGAGUCAUACGAAUCAUUACCAGUUCAGAUGUAUGGAUUGUACAUAUGCCACAAAAUACUGUCACAGUUUGAAGCUCCACUUGAAAAAGUACAACCAUAGACGUGUGCCAGAAGGAAUCGAGAUGAAUGGAGGAGAUAGUUCACCAACACUGAGUUCAUCUGAUGCCACAAUUACGUUCAGUCCAAUUGUGAAACAGGAAAUCAAAUCGGAGACAAUUGAGCCACCGACAUCGAUGGCCCAGCCGUUCCCAAUGAACCCAAUGGCUGGACAAGGAUUCAAUUUUGCUAACCAGAUGUUGUUAAACAGGCAUCUUGACAAUGGUUUGAUGAACAUUCCUGGAUUCAGAAAUGUUGGAAUGGGAUCAAUGAAAUGUCCAGUUUGUGACUUUGUUGCUGGUUCUCAAGAAGAACAAAUGAGACAUAGCAUGUCUCAUAUCCUGAACUCGAACUCAGUUCCAACUACCAUUGCUUCUCUCUACAAUAGCUUAAACCUUCCAACUUUGAAUAAUAUCAAAAGAGAGACCGAAGAUGAGCAAAUGGAAUGUGAAGUGAAGAUUGAAGAUGACAACACCACAGAAAGUCAUAUUGAUGAAGAUGAAGAGAUGGACCAGAGCAGUGAUUCUGCUGUGUCUCCAACUGGAAGCUCACAAGGAUCAUCUGGAGACGAAGAAACCGCGAAAGUCGCUAUGGAACAAGCUAGAGCUGAAGGAAAUAACAGUCCAGCAGUUAGCAAUGACAGUGCUAUGGAGAGAGAUGGAGAAAGUGCUGAUGAUACCCCACACUCGCCAUCAGACACAACAUCAGCAUCAUCUCCUCCACAUGUUCCAGUACCGAUUGCAGCACCAGUCCCGAUUGCUCCAAGACCAGAUAUGUUGCACGCUAUCCUACAGCAAGCAGCGUUUGCUAUAAACAUGGCUGCCAGAGGUCAUGUGUUAUGUCCACAUUGUCAAAUACCAUUCAACAACCAAGAGACCUUCAAUGACCACAUGUCGUAUCACACCGCUGGUAAUCCAUUCAAGUGCAGCAAAUGUCAAUACCAAGUUCACGAUUCCUUGAGUUUUGCACUUCAUAUGUUCCAAGCCAGACAUUAG